AAAGAAUAUAAAAAUACACAAAGCUGCAACAAAAGACCCUGGAGGCUGAAGACGCCGCAACAAGUAGCGGUGACAACAACCACUACCUCGCUCGUCCCGCACCGGGGAAAAAUCACUUUAUCCUUAUUUAACCACCAACAAAUCAACAAUGUCAAGUUCAUCAUGCAUACCAAUGGAACAAGAAAAUCACAAUCACGGUAUGUUCACAAUUCAUCAAACACACAACACCGUCAUUUGUUGCGUAUGCUCAUCUCUAAUGAAACCAAACCCUUCCAAUAUAUGCGCUAAAUGUUUGAUUGCAAAAGAAAACAUCACAUUAGGGUUAUUCAAAAAAGUAACCCUAAUUCAUUGUCCAGAAUGCAAAAGCUAUUUCCAACCACCAAACACAUGGAUCAAAUUACAAUUUGAUUCAAAAGAGCUUCUAGCAUUUUGUUUAAAAAAGCUAGAAAAAAACAUGAAAUCCAAAAAAGUUAGGUUAGUUAAUGCUCAUAUCAUUCCCACCGAACCAAAUUCGAAGCGGAUUAAAGUUAAGGUUUAUGUUCAAAAAGAGGUUUUGAAUGGAACAAUUAUGGAAUGUUCUUAUGAUGUUGAAUAUGUUCAACAUAGUCACAUGUGUGGAGCUUGUACUAAAGUUUUUGCUAAUCCUGAUCAAUGGGUUUCUGUUGUGCAAUUACGGCAACAUGUUUCACAUAUGCGGACUAUUUUGCAAUUGGAACAAGCUAUUUUGAAACAUGGUGUUGCUAGUAAUGCUUUGAGGAUUAAGCAGAUGGAACAAGGGAUUGAUUUCUUUUUUACUAAAGAAAGUUAUGCUAGAAAGUUUUUGGAUUUUAUAAAGGGGCAAGUUCCGGUUAAGAUUUGUGAUAGUAAGCAACUUGUUUCUCAUGAUACGAAGAGUAAUGAUUAUAGUUAUAGAUACACUUUUUCUGUUGAGAUUUGCCCUGUUUGCCGUGAGGAUUUGGUUUUUCUACCUCCUAAGCUUUCUUCGAGUUUGGGACAUCUUGGUCCUAUUGUGAUUUGUACUAAGGUUACAAAUGUCAUUUCUUUGUUUGAUCCGAUUACCUCGACGCGGUUUCUUUUAGAUGGUGAUAUGUAUUGGAGGGCACCGUUUAAGUCUUUACUCACUAGUAAAGAGUUAGUGGAAUAUAUUGUGCUUGAUGUUGAGGAGGUUUAUUCGGAGGUUGCUAUUGAUGGAAAGAAAUUUGGUUUGGCUAAUGCUGAGGUUGCUCGCGUGAAAGAUUGGGGAAAGAAUGAUACAAGAUUUAAUAUCAAGACUCAUCUUGGUUAUCUUUUGCAAACUGGUGACUAUGCUCUUGGUUAUGACUUGUGUGGGGCGAAUAUUAAUGAUGAUGAGAUUGAAUUGGACGAGUACGUAGGCGGUGGUGCAAUUUUAAUAAAGAAGAGAUAUGAAGAGAAAUGCCAGAAGCGAUGUAGGAAGCCUCCGCCGUACUUAAAAGAUCUAGAAGAAAUGCCUGAUAUGAUGCUUGGCUUAUCAUUAGGCGGUGAAGAGCUACUUCCUGAUCCGUUUUACCAGCAGAUGGGUAGUCUUCAUCUAAACGACGAGGAAUAUGAGGCGAAGAGGAGAAGGUGAGCAGGAUAACUUCAUGGAAUAAACAAAACUCAAUUCUAUCCUGAUAUAGAAAUUUAGGGAAUCUUGGUUUGUUUAUGUCAAGACUGUUUUUUUGUUUAGGUUGUUUUAAUUUGCAAUUUCUCUUGAUAUUUAUGUUUAUUCCAAGGACGAGAAGAUGGUUAUUUUUCAUAAUAUAGUAUUGAUACAUAUAAGUAGUUAUGCUGAUGUUAUCAUGUUAAUAUUUCCUUUACUAAUCUCUUAAAGAAA